GCCUCUCCGUCACACAUUUUACAAUCCGUCACCUAAAGUCGGAAUCUCUCGAGAUGCUUUCCAGACUCUCUCUUGAGGAAACUAAUGGAUACGGUUCUCUCCGGCUCGUUGUCUUUGCUCCGACCAUCGAUCCCACCAGUAAGCUUACUCUUCCGACCACCCAACUCACACUCUACUGACUUCAUUUCUUUGAGGAACAAGCUCCGGUUUGGGUUUUCAUGCCAGAGAAAACAUCAGCUGCUGAGGUCUCGCAAUGUUUACAAGGUUCCUAAAUUUGUAGUCUGGUGCGGUGCCAUUAGGGAGAUUAAUAAGAAUGAUUUCCAGAGCACGGUUUUGGAAUCAGACCGUCCGGUUCUCGUUGAGUUCGUUGCCAAUUGGUGUGGACCCUGUCGCUUAAUCUCUCCUGCCAUGGAAUCAAUCGCUCAGGAAUAUGGAGACAGAUUGACAGUCAUAAAGAUUGAUCAUGAUGCAAACCCACAACUUAUUGAGGAGUACAAAGUGUAUGGAUUGCCAACCCUGAUUCUCUUCAAGGAUGGGCAAGAAGUUCCUGAGAGUAGAAGAGAAGGUGCGAUUACAAAGGUGAAGCUUAAGGAGUAUCUUGACACUCUAUUGGAAACAAUAUCUAUAUCUUAGCAUAUCUUCCCAUUCAUUUGGAAUCUAAAAUCUCUAUCUUUACCCUUUUUUGGUUAUAUUUUUGUAAAGUUUCUAUAAAUAUCUAAUUGUAUAAUUGAGUUGUAAAAUAGAUGGAUUUUAGUGAAAAAUGGUUUGAGAUAUGGUUGUGUACAUGAGCUGUUCCUCUUCCCCUUCUUUUGAUUAAAUUAAUUGCAAAUGU